AUGCCCGGAUCCUCGGGCCGCUUCGGCCACGCCCUCGUGGCAGGGACUGCCUGGGUGAAGAGGAGACGAGCUGAUGUGGCAUCCCCGAAACUCAAAUUGGAGUCUGGCCUCCAGACACCAUGGAGCUUCCUCCAUCUGCAGGAAGCUGCCCCAAGACAGCCCUCGAGGGCCGCGAAGGGCUUUCUAGUAGCAGCCGCUCCUGGGUCUCCCCCGUGCCAAGCCUCGGGCUGCAGCCCCGGCCGUCGGCAGGAGCAGAGCCCAGCCCACGACGCCGGGGACAGCGCCGGUGCCGCCCUGCCCCGCUGGCCCGGGGCUGCCGCAGCCGCCUGUGCGCGCUGCCCCGGCCCGGCUCUGCCGCUCGCCAGCCCGGCGGCUGCAGGGCGGUGGCCGCUGCCCGGCGCGCAGCAGGAAGCGGGGCAAAGGAGGCAGCGGCAGGAGCGGUACCUGCUGGGCCCGCAGCUGGGCAGCGGCGGCUUCGGCACCGUCUUCUCGGGCAUCCGCCUCUCGGACGGCAGCCCGGUGGCCCUCAAACGCGUGGCCCGGGAGAGCGUCCUGCAGUGGGACGAGCUGCCCGACGGCACCCGCGUGCCCUUGGAGGUGGUGCUCAUGCAGAAGGUGGGCUCUGGCUGCCAGAAUAUCAUCCAGCUCCUCGACUGGUUCGAGUUGCCGGACAGCUUCGUGCUGGUCCUGGAGCGUCCGCAGGCAUCGCAGGAUCUCCUGGAGUUCCUGCAGGAGCAGGGGUGCCUGUGCGAGGAGCAGGCGCGCUGGCUUUUCUGCCAGGUGCUGGAGGCCGUGCGGCACUGCACCGCCUGCGGCGUCCUGCACCGGGACAUCAAGCCGGAGAACCUUCUCGUGGACCCGGAGAGCGGCGACCUGAAGCUCAUUGACUUCGGUUGCGGCACCUUCCUCCAGGAGCGGGCCUUCACGGACUUUGCCGGAACGCGCGUGUACAGCCUGCCCGAGUGGACCUGGCUGCGUUGCUACCACGGCCACGCGGCCACCAUCUGGUCCCUGGGCGUGCUGCUGUACGUCAUGGUCUGCGGCAGCCUCCCCUUCCAGGACGACCAAGCCAUCGUGCUGGGGAAGCUCUUCUUCCGGCGGCAGCUCUCUCCAGAGCUCCAGCACCUGAUCCGAUGGUGUUUGGCCAAGCACCCUGCGGACAGGCCGGAGCUGGAGGAGAUCUCGCGCCACCCUUGGGUGUGGGGCCGGCGUUUUUGAUGCCUUGCCAGAGCCUCUGCAGCACCCACCUACCGAGUCCCACGCAGGACUCAGGACCCGAAAAAUAAAACAGCAAACCCA